UGUGGGGCCCCAUAAGAUGACCCCCUCGAAUGUACUCCGUACUUCGAGAUGCACAAGAACAUCAAGCACGUUACACAGUCUCACGUCGUUCAGAAACUCCUUCUUGGCGCUUUGCUCUCAAAAAGCGAUCUGAUCACCUGGCGAGUAAGUCCGGUCGUCUCUCCUCUGUCGUCUUUCCCUCGAGACUUGCAUAACCUUCAUAAUGUCCCCGAUCCGACCAUACACCAUAUCAGUCCCGGACUCUAAACUCGACCGCCUGAAACAAAAGCUCGGACUGUUCGAUUUGCCGGAUGAAGUCCCCGGUAUAGAGCCAUGGUCUCGUGGUCCUCCACUCGCCGACAUCAAGCGCCUCGCAGCGUACUGGGCCGAUGGCUUCGACUGGCGGAAAGCCGAGGCAAAAUUGAACUCAAUACCCAAUUUCAUGACCAGCAUCGAUGUGGACGGAUUCGGCACGUACGAUGUACACUUUGUCCAUCAGACUAGCAGAGUGAAGAAUGCGAUUCCAUUGCUGUUCGCGCAUGGGUGGCCCGGCAAUUUCACUGAGGUCACCAAGGUCCUACCACUGCUUGUGGAUGGAGGAAAGGACAAGCCGAGUUUCCAUGUCGUCGCGCCGAGUCUAGUUGAUUUUGGGUUUUCCCAGGCUGCUAUGAAGCCUAAGUUCAACAUUGAUCAGCACGCCGAAGUAUGUCACAAGUUAAUGCUUCAAUUGGGGUAUAAUGAAUACGUGGUCCAAGGAGGCGACAUAGGCUAUCCCAUCACACGGUUCAUGGCGAAGAGUUACCCGCAACAUUGCAAGGCGCAUCACGUCAACAUGGCCAUGCCGGCGGAACCGACGUUGACGGCGCAUCCGGCGUUAUAUGCACAGGUCCAAGCCACGCCUCUUACGGAGUUUGAGAAAGCCGGGCUCGAGCGCACGAAGUGGUUCCGCACGGAGGGGUCAGGAUACAUGAUUGAGCAAGGCACGAAACCUCAGACCAUUGGCGUCGCUGUCACGGCUAGUCCGGUGGCAUUGUUGACUUGGAUCUACGAGAAGUUGCAUGACUGGAGUGACGGGUAUGCGUGGACGGACGACGAGGUGCUCACGUGGGUUAGUAUCUAUGAGUUCUCGGCUGGGGGGCCUGCAGCCACACAGAGGAUUUACUAUGAUGAUCGGAACCGCGAGGGCGGGUCGGGGUUUGUGGUCGCGCAGGAGUAUGUCGAUUCACCGCUUGGGGUAAUGCAGUUGCCGAAGGAGUUGGUGCAGAGUCCGGAGCUGUGGCAUCAUACGAUGGGGCCGUUAGUGUUGAUUAGGCAGCAUGAGAGGGGUGGGCAUUUUGCGGCGUGGGAGGUGCCGGAGUUGUUGGCGGGUGAUUUGCGAGAGAUGUUUGGGCGAGGGGGAGGUGCGUUUGGGUGUGUGAGUGGGAAGAAUGGGUAUGACGAUGAGUAAGUUGUCGUCGAAA